CUCCUGGAUCAACCUCAUAGCUGAGCACACUUCUGGCUCCUGCCUCGCCUGCCGGUCACCGGAGCCGAGUUGCGAUGUUUACCUGUUGGGUUACAUAACUUUUUAUUUUUUGUUCAAUUACGUAAUUAUGUAACUGUAAUGUGUGGCACACAUAACACCUAAAGGUACAAGUCACAAAGACGGUGCUAAAUAGUCUUCCCAUCACAGUGCCUUCUUUGGAAUUCUGCUAGAAUUUGAUAUAAAUUGCAUAUAAUGCUUCGGGGUCGUCCAUGGAUUUUGGAUGGUGGUCUGGCCUCAACCUUGCAAGAGGAUGGGUUUUCUGUGGAUGGAGACCCUUUGUGGAGUGCCCGCAUCCUUGCCACCAAUCCUGAUGCAAUAAAAAAAGUUCAUGCUUCAUUCUUGGAAGCAGGUGCAGAUAUUAUUACUACAGCCAGCUAUCAGGCAAGCAUUGUAGGGUUCAAAGAUCAUCUUGGUACCACAGAAGAUGAAGCCAGAAGGCUUAUGGAUCUCUCUGUUGAACUUGCCCAGGAAGCCAUUCAUGAAUAUUCUUCCACCCUACAUAAUGAAGGUAAAAAGGUGUUAGUUGCAGGUUCCAUUGGUCCAUAUGGAGCAUGCCAGGCAGAUGGUUCCGAAUACACUGGUGCAUACGUGUCCAAAGUUACACCUGAAGAUAUGAAGGAAUGGCACAGACCUCGUAUGGCAGCUUUGAUCAGUUCUGGAGUUGACCUCUUAGCCAUUGAGACUAUCCCUGCGCUGGAGGAAGCAUUAACAAUCCUAAAUUUACUUCGAGAGUUCCCAGACAUUAGAGCCUGGUUGAGCUUUUCAUGCAAGGAUGGGAAAUACACCAAUUAUGGAGACAAUUUUGGAGAAGCUGCCAAGAAGUGUUAUGAAAUGGCAGGAGAUCAGCUGGUAGCAGUUGGCGUAAACUGUAGUCCACCCCAGUACAUUACCUCGCUCUUGGAGAAGGCAAACCUGAGCCUUCCUCCGCCAUCCAUUCUUCCCAGAGUUGUGUACCCCAAUUCUGGAGAAGAAUGGAUUGCUGGUAAAGGAUGGGCGAAUGGCUCAAAAUGGCCUUAUGAUAACGAGGUAAAAAAAUGGUUCAGCUUGGGUGCAUCUGUGAUUGGUGGAUGUUGCAGACUUGGACCUCGUGAUAUUAGAAUAAUUGCAAGUACUGUUGCUUCCAUGUAAUGUGUAUAGUAUAUAUUUUUAUUGAUGAAAGAAUUGUUAAAAAUUCAAUUAAUAUUUUUAUUUAAGGUUAUAAAUACAUAGAUUUGUUACACACAACCAAUAUCAUAAAAAAUUAAAGGUUCAGUACUGUAGCAGUUAUAUUAAGAGUAAUAUAAUUGCUCCAAACUCUCAUUAGUUUUAGUGCAGAUAAUUAGAUGUGUAUGUUAAUUUCACAUAACCUGUUCUUUAGAAUUACACAUGCCAAGAAGUUCUACACUAAUCCUAUAUGUGUUAAUAACACUUAAUAUCCCUUCCCAAGGGUACAGGAUCAUUCUGGCCAGCCGACAGGUAACCUGCAAAGAUGUUGGUCGGUUGGGCAAAGUGAGGAAAAGCUUGUAAUUUUAGGCCCAAUGAAAGGGAAGGGUUGUCAUUCAGUCUAGCUUGAAUAGUGGUACAGUUACAGAUACUCUAGAUACACACCUCAGAUCUAUAUCAUCAUUGAUAUUCACCAGCAACAGUGUAACACUUGUUAUGUUUGCUCAUACUUUCACAAGACUCUUCAGCUUUGUUACAGAGCAGACGGCCGGAUUCUGGCGGUACUCGAACUUCCAGCUCUUUUCCCGCAUUCGAGCUCUUUGAUCCCGCCUGCAUUCAAGCUCUUUGAUCCCACCUGAAUUCGAGCCCUUUGAUUCCGCCCACGUUCGAGGUCCAUGUUCUAUGCUCUCUUCCCCUGACCUCACUCAAGCUCUCUGUUCCAGGCUUCAUCUCAGCUGUCACAACAUGCCAUUACAUUGCCAACAACCAACUACUGUAACCAAGACUAUAUUAAACAAACAUCAAAAACCACUUCAACACUCUGUGUCUCAUCACCCAAACACGUAAACGUAGACAUAAGUUACAUUGGUGCUGGUGAAUGUCAAUGUUGUCGAAGAUCUGAGGUAUAUCUCUUGGUGUCUGUAACUGAACCACUACUCGAGUUUGACUUAUGACGCUUCCGUUCUUGGAGCUUGUAUUACCAACUUCUCCGCACUUUGCCAAACUGACCAAUAUCUUUGCAGGUUACCUGUCUGCUGGCCUGUUUGAUCCUGUACCCUUAGGAAGAGAGAUCAAUUGUCAUUAGUGCAUAUUAGUGUAGAACUUCUUGGAAUGUGGAAUUCUUAGGGUUAGAUUAUGUGAAAUUAACAGGCACAUCUAAUUAUUGUAUGCACUGAAACCAAUGAGAGUUUGGAGCAAUUAUAUUACUCUCAAUUACUUUGCUACAGUACAAAGUAAUUUAUAAUCGGUAUAUGCAAGAAUUUCAAGGACAAAGAUGAAUAAGAAAUGACACUCUAGCAAUUUGUAGCAAACCUGUACAUUGAGUGGUUUUGUUCAUCAGAUCCAGUCUUGUGGUGCAUCUCUUAUUGUUUCAAGCAAUGAUCAUAUACAGUAUGUAUGUAGGUAUACCAUGCAAGAGCUUUCUUGCAUGGUAUUGUAGGCCUUAUACAGUUCUCUUUAUUCUUUAUAUGUUUGUAACAUUAGGACACCAGAAACAGAUUUACCGUAGAGAUGUGAGAAUGUAAUGAAGUGUAAGAAGCCCAAAGUAGGGAUAUGAAAAAAACUAGAUUGGGAAUUACAGUAUCAUAUAUUUUUCAAUUGCCAUAAAAAGUGUUUAAGUGAA